AUUUAAAACAAUCAUAUGACGGAAAAUUCUGAUUACAAAUAUUGUGUAUCUGUAGAAAUUGAUGUCCCAGAUUCGCGAGAUCAAAAUGAAAUUGAAAGUCACGCGGGAGAUCUGGCCUCACUACACCUAGAGGACAGUGAUUCCGCGGCGCAAAACAAUCCCCAGGUGACGGACGAAGAGAGACACGAAUCUCAUGCGAUAUUUUAUAUAGAAAAUGAGUUAUGUAACGAUGAUAACGAUGACAACCCUUCCCCCGAAAAAUCAGGAGAUGAUAUUCUGUUCAUCCCCGACCACGAAUCGUCAUAUCCAAACGAAACUUUUAACAAUGACCACCAAGAAACAAAAGAGGCUGAUGAAAAUAUAUGCUUUGAUGAAAACGACGAAGUUCCACAAUUCCAGGUAGUGUAUUCAGAUGAAGAGAAAUAUUCCGACAACGAACUACCCGAUAGCCUAUCUCCAUGUCUCCCCGGAGAGCGACGGGGGUCCAAGUGGAGCGCGACAAUUUUGUUUGUGGCCUCGGAAGUUCAGUUGAUUAUUGAUCUGGCUGAGUUCUGUCCUCCAGAGGGAUAUCUCACAGGGCCAUCAAAGAAUAAAGGCCAGACGGAACCAGACUGCAAUUCCAACAACAUGGAUAACGGGAUAGCUCCUACUCCGUGUAGUCCUUCGGAGGACGUCACAUUUGACGAUGUUGGGCCUUUGAUAAAGAUGGACAACCUUAAGAAUGGAUGUGAGCAGAGCCCCGAAGAUUCCAAGGAUAAAAUGCUGCCUGAAAAUAAUAAUGUUAAGGACAAACAUGCGCACGAUCACUUUGUGGCCCCUCCCAAGGAGACCUGGAGCGGGGGUGCGGAUUAUCUACUAGCGGCUAUCGGAUACUCCGUGGAUUUGUCAAACGUCUGGAGGUUUCCGUACCUGGCCUACAAAAAUGGCGGAGGAGCAUUUAUCAUUCCAUAUUUUACGGUUCUCGUGCUUGGAGCAGUACCCGUCUUUUUCAUGGAACUAAGCAUGGGUCAGUUCAGCAAGGAGGGUCCCAUCAACGUCUGGAACAAUCUGGCCCCCAUGUUCAGGGGUAUCGGGUUUGCCUCUUGUUGGAUGGCCUACAUCGUCGCUUUCUAUUACAACAUGGUCAUCGCUUGGGCGUUCUAUUACCUCUUCUCUUCCUUUACAUGGACGGUCCCGUGGUCAAAAUGCGAUCAUGACUUUAACACCCCAGACUGUUGGCAGACCGACUGGGACGUCAAUCAAACACACUCAAACAGGACCUAUAACUCCAGCUCUGCAGUGUCAUCAUCAUUCGAAUACUUUGAGCGCGGCGUGCUCAGUCUACAUAAGAGUUCCGGGAUAGAUGACAUUGGAGGAAUCAAAUGGCAAAUAGCGGGCUGUGGGGUCCUAACGUUCACCAUUCUGUACCUCAGCUUGUGGAAAAGUGUCAAAAGUGCCGGAAAGGUUGUUUGGUUCACGGCAACUGUUCCGUAUCUUAUUCUAACCGUUCUUUUGAUCCGGGGUUCCAUGCUCCCCGGAGCAGAGGAAGGGAUCAAAUUCUUUAUUGUGCCAAAUAUGAGUAGACUCGGGGAAGUACAGGUUUGGAUUGAUGCAGCGGUACAGAUUUUCUUUUCCAUUGGAGCUGGAUUUGGCACACACAUUGCCUAUGCUAGCUACAACAAGUUUAAUAACAAUUGCUACAGGGAUUGUCUCAUUACAGCGUCAGUCAACUGCAUCACAAGUAUCUUCUCUGGUUUCGUUGUCUUUACUUACCUCGGAUACAUGGCUCAAAAACAGCAGAAACACAUCAGGGAUGUUGCACAAGAUGGUCCUGGCCUCGUUUUCAUCGUCUACCCAGAAGCAAUUUCUACACUUCCGGGAUCGUCCAUAUGGGGGAUUCUGUUCUUUUUCAUGUUAAUCACACUUGGAUUGGAUAGUGCGUUUGGCGGGCUGGAGUCCCCGUUGACGGGACUGAGGGACGAGUUUUACAGGGUGUUCAGACACCGGUGGGCCCGGGAAGUGUUGACCCUGAUCAUAGUCGUCAGUGCCUUCCUAUUCUCCAUUCCAUGUAUGACUGUUGGAGGGAUGUACGUGUUUAAGAUACUGGACACCUUCGCCGCCGGAACUUCCAUCGUGUUCGCCAUUCUCAUGCAGGUCGUGGCCGUGUCGUGGUUUUAUGGAGUAGACCAGUUUUGCUCCGACAUCUAUCAGAUGACCGGACACAGACCCGGGCUAUACUGGAGGGUGUGCUGGAAGAUUUUGAGUCCUACAUUCCUACUGAUUAUUGUGAUAUCAAGCUUUCUUCAUUACCGACCUUUGACGUAUAAGGGCAGUAUGGGAUUGUACACCUAUCCCACGUUUGCUAACGUCAUCGGAUGGGGCGUGGCCCUCUCGUCCAUGCUAAUGAUUCCGGGGUACGCCAUAUACUACCUCCUAACCAGAAAAGGGACACUGAAACAGAGAUUGGCAAAGGGCAUAACCCCAAAGCGAGAUCACGAAGACAUUGCGAGAACCGAUGACGUCAAAAGAUUCAGGAGACCUGUUUUGUGUCAAGCCCCCCGACUGGGUUUCACAAGCCAAUCAAAUAUGUACCACGGGAAAGCAAGGUCACGUGACCACGACCCCCCGAGGCGUCAGAUGGGUCGACGAAACCAGUACUCUUAUGAUAAUCCCGCACUGUCCGAAUCGAACUCCACCCCUAGCAUCUUUACGGUAGAGAGUUCAAGCUCACUCGUUCACAACAACGGCUUUUCUCCUGAUUUGUUCCCACCAAUUCGAAGAGACUCAUUCGAAUCCGCCGUAGAAACGGGAAGUCGGAAAAGUUGGCGGGAAUCUACGGAAAGAAUGUCGGAGGACCCUGCAAAAGUUGCCGGAACAUCCAAAGAUGCUCUUAUUGGCGUCGAGAAAGGAGGGAGUUCGCAGGAAUCGCUGGAAGAGCGGGACAGCUGGGACAAUAAAGUACAGUACCUCUUGGCAGUGGUUGGGUACGCCGUUGGAUUAGGAAAUGUAUGGCGCUUUCCAUACUUAGCCCAGAAAAAUGGAGGAGGGGCUUUCCUCAUUCCUUACACAAUAAUGCUGGCGGUGGAGGGGAUUCCCAUCUUUUACCUGGAACUAGCUGUUGGACAGCGCCUUCGUAAGGGGGCUAUUGGUGCAUGGAAUCAAAUAUCCCCUUUCCUCGGGGGCAUCGGAAUCGCCAGUGCAAUGGUGUCCUUCUGGGUGGGGCUGUACUAUAAUACCAUUAUAUCGUGGUGUCUCUACUACCUAGUCUACAGUUUCCGGUCCACGUUGCCAUGGUCUGAAUGCCCUGGCAACGUCACAGAGUGCACGAUGAGCAGCCCGACUACGUAUUUCUGGUACCGAGAGACCCUCAACAUCUCGCCGUCCGUGGAUGAGCGGGGGAGCCUGAACUGGUGGGUGGUGGUCAGUCUGCUGGCGGCCUGGAUCAUCGUGUUCCUCUGUAUGGUCAAAGGCAUCGCCUCCUCCGGCAAAGUGGUUUACGUCACAGCAACAUUUCCUUAUUUGGUUCUCGUCAUUUUCUUCUUCCGCGGAGUGACGCUGGAGGGGUUUGAAGAAGGACUCAAGCAUUUCUUCAUUCCAGACUUCACGCGUUUGGGAGACCCACAAGUUUGGCUCGAGGCGGCUACACAGAUUUUCUUCUCUCUUGGUGUGGCUUUUGGAGGGUUGAUAGCCUUUUCAUCAUAUAUGCCAGUCAGAAAUAACUGCUACAGGGACGCCAUCUUGGUUUCAGUUAUCAACUGCGGCACUUCCGUUUUUGCGGGAGUUGUCAUUUUCUCUAUAUUAGGAUUCAAAGCCACUCAGAGUUUCAAGGCCUGCAACGCUCACAAUGAUUUGCUAUGGAGUCAGAAUAAGACUGUAGGAUUCCUUACCUGUGACAUCAAAACAGAAAUCGAAAAGAGCGGAUCCGGAACUGGACUUGCCUUCAUCGCCUUCACGGAGGCCAUAAACCAGCUACCGGCGGCUCCGGUGUGGUCCGUGUUGUUUUUCCUGAUGUUGCUGACCCUGGGGCUGGACAGUAUGUUCGGCAUGCUGGAGGGCGUGGUCACGUCUAUCAUUGAUAUGAACCUCAUCAAAAAUCUACGGAAGGACGUUGUUGCAGCUGUCCUGUGUUUGGUGUCGCUGCUUCUAUCGUUCUGUUUCGCGGAUUCAGCUGGUCCCUACAUCUUUGUGCUGUUUGACGAGUACAGCGGCAAUAUUCCACUACUGAUUAUCGCCCUUGGUGAACUUCUUGGACUUACCUACAUGUAUGGACUCAAAAGAUUUAGUGACGAUAUCGAGUUGAUGACUGGCCAGAGACCUAACUAUUACUGGUUGAUUAUGUGGAAAUACGUCUCUCCCAUCGUCAUCAUCAUCAUCUUCUUCGCCAGUCUCAUCAAAUCUAUGAUGAGCGCCGCUACAUACGAAGCAUGGAACCCCUCAAUCGCUGAUAAUAUUACACUUGAAUGGCCCGCGUGGUGCAAGUUUAUAGCCUCCUUACUGAUAAUUACUUCCAUGGGUUGGAUCCCCCUGGUGGCGAUUGUGAAAAAAUUCAACAUCAUAAAAUGGAAACCCGAAACGCCCGCCGAGUUUCCGGAAGAGGAAUUAAAGGCAGAAAAUGGAAUAAAACCAUAUAUUCCGUCGGACAGAGAGAGGAAGUGGUUAUAUUGCUGUUUUUGCCAAUCCACCCCAGCGGCAGAUCCUUAUGGAUACCGGAUCCACCAAUUUGAUGGUCACUGCAAACCAGAUGGCACCUGUACCUACACGCUGACCAUUCCAGUCAAGGAUUCACUCGUAAAUCCCCAUGUAAUGGACAACUCUACCGCUGCGGCCAUGAUCCAACAUUUGGCCAACCACGAUCAGCAGAUUGACCAAAUUCUGGGUCUUUUUGGACAUAACGCAACCGGCAGUUCUAACAUCAUACAAGAGGUCAACCAGCUGAAGCAAGCAGAGCAGAACCUGCAGCAUUUGGUUAAUAUCUUGACGGAUGAGGUCCACAACCUUUUGACCGAAAACGGACUUUUAAAAAAUCAACUUUCAGUCGUUAAUUCUACUGUAUUGGGCAGACUUGCUGAUCCAUGUAUGAUCAGACCAUGUGAGCAUGGCGCCAAGUGCACGGCCCUACCAAAUGGAAACUAUACCUGUGAUUGUCCACUUGGAUUUGUGGGACAAGACUGUGAUGAAGACGUUAACGAGUGUAAGCAGGCUGGUAUCUGCAACCAUGGCACCUGUAGCAAUAUCUAUGGUGACUACGUCUGCAACUGUAAUUCCGGCUUUACUGGUCCUAACUGUUUACAAGACGUUGAUGAGUGUUUGUCCAACCCCUGUGACAAUGGUGCCAGCUGCGAGAACUUGGUCAAUGAGUACCGCUGUCACUGCGCCCCCGGAUUCUCAGGAACACAUUGUGAAAUGAACGAUGAUGAGUGUGUAAGCGACCCUUGCUUAAAUGGCGGAUUUUGUUUGGAUGACAUUAAUGAUUAUUUCUGCGUGUGUGCGCCAGGUUGGAAUGGAAAAGAUUGUGAAAAUGACGUCGACGAGUGUUCUGAAAAUCCUUGCGUACAUGGUAAAUGUAUAAACGACAAUGGAACAUUCCACUGUGAAUGUGACUCCACUCUCAUCACAGGCGACCUCUGUGACAAAGCCCCAAACAGAGACUGCACCGAUCUGAAGGCUUUCUGGAACAUGAACCGUGACGCCGUUUACACCGUGAGAGAGCCCAACAAAAUGCUUACACUGGCCGUUUGCGACAUGAAUACCGAUAAUGGAGGAUGGACCGUUUUCCAAAGACGUGUGGGAAGUGUAGUAAACUUCAACCGUAACUGGAACGAUUAUAAGGUCGGGUUCGGAAACCUCGCCGGCAGCUACUGGUGGGGAACGGAAAGGUUAUACAAUGUAACCGCCAACAGGACAAAUCUGGUGCUCAGAAUUGAUAUGAUGGACUGGGAUAACAAAACAGCCUACGCUGAAUACGACAAUUUCCAGAUCGGCUCCGAAGCCGAACAGUUUAAGCUGACAGUAGGUGGAUACAGAGGGAAUGCUGGAGACGCCCUUAACUUUUACUGGAAAGUAUUUUCACAUAAUGGGAUGAAGUUUUCCACCAAGGAUCGUGACAAUGACAACUUCCGUACUAACUGCGCAGAGGUCUACCACGGAGGAUUCUGGUACAAUGGGUGCUGGGCGGCAAAUUUGAACGGAGUAUACUAUCAUACCCCUGAUUACAAUAGCACAAUUCACGAUGGAUUAGAAUAUUUUACAUGGAAGAGAACGAAAUACUCCCUGAAGAUGGUAGAAAUGAAGUUCCGGGACGCUUCAGUGGUUCACUCCAAUAGCACUGCUUCUUAUUCAUAAAGCACCCUAACAUUUUGUAUUCAAUAUUUUUGCCAUUAAAAUACAUACCUAUUCUUCUUUUCAA